UGAAAAUACAAAAACCUGAAAGAAUUUUCCCUAAUUCAGAACCAACUUUCUCAUCUCCCUCUCUCUUCCGCUACAUCAAGAAAUCUCCUAGAUUCAUCUUUUUUGCACUUCUUCUGUGUAAAUUUUUGAAACCCAAUUGAGAAAAAUGAGUGUGUUACAAUACCCAGAAGGGAUUGACCCAGCAGAUGUUCAGAUAUGGAACAAUGCAGCAUUUGAUAAUGGAGAUUCUGAAGAUUUGUCUUCGCUGAAACGUUCUUGGUCUCCUCUGAAACCCCUUUCGGUUAGGCCAUCAGAUUCCUUUGAAUCUGAUUUGUCAAGUAAGGAAAAUCAAACUCCUUUAUUUGAGAAUUCAUCUGUUAAUCUCUCAUCUCCGUUACCCAUAAAGCCACUUAACCCUAAUGGGGCUCUGGAAAAUUCAAGACUCAAGCCGAACAAGCCCAAUUCCAAACAGAGUCUUGAUGAGAUGGCGGCUAGAAAGAGCGGAAAGGGAAAUGAUUUCCGUGAUGAGAAGAAAAUAGACGAGGAAAUUGAAGAAAUUCAGAUGGAGAUUAGUAGGUUGAGUUCAAGAUUAGAGGCUUUGAGAAUUGAAAAGGCUGAGAAAACUGUUGCUAAGACUGUUGAAAAGCGAGGAAGGGUUGUGGCAGCAAAGUUUAUGGAGCCAAAACAAAGUGUUAUUAAGAUUGAAGAGCGUAUAUCAAUGAGUGCAAGAACAAAGGUGGAGCAGAGAAGGGGUCUUAGUUUAGGACCAUCUGAGAUUUUUACUGGAACGCGGCGGCGAGGGUUGAGUAUGGGGCCAUCAGAUAUUCUAGCAGGGACAACAAAGGCACGGCAAUUGGGAAAGCAAGAGAUGAUUAUUACUCCUAUUCAGCCAAUACAAAACAGGCGAAAGUCGUGUUUUUGGAAGCUUCAAGAGAUUGAAGAAGAGGGAAAAAGUUCAAGCCUUAGUCCUAAAUCAAGAAAAACUGCUGCAAGAACAAUGGUUACAACAAGGCAGGCAGUUACUACAAUUGCAUCAAAGAAGAAUUUGAAAAAAGAUGAUGGACUUUUGAGUUCAGUUCAGCCAAAGAAGUUGUUUAAAGAUCUCGAAAAGUCUGCUGCUGCUAAUAAGAAGCCCCAGAGGCCGGGGAGGGUUGUGGCUAGUAGGUAUAAUCAGAGUACAAUUCAGUCAUCAGUAGUGAGAAAGAGGUCUUUACCUGAAAAUGAUAAGGAUGAGAGUAAGAGAAAUGAUAAGAAACGGUCGUUAUCUGUAGGGAAAACGCGUGUGUCUCAAACUGAGAGCAAGAAUUUGGGUACUGAAAGUAGGGUGAAAAAGAGAUGGGAAAUUCCUAGUGAGAUUGUAGUUCAUGGAAACACAGAGAGUGAGAAAUCUCCACUAAGCAUUAUUGUGAAGCCUGAUUUGCUUCCGCGAAUUAGGAUUGCUCGGUGUGUGAAUGAGACUCCUAGGGAUUCUGGACCUGCUAAAAGAAUGAUAGAGUUGAUAGGCAAGAAAUCGUUUUUCAGUAGUGAUGAAGAUAAGGAGCCACCUGUCUGUCAAGUUCUAAGUUUUGCAGAGGAAGAUGCUGAAGAGGAAUAAUGUGUAAUAAAGGGAGCUGCUAACUCUUUUCAUGCUCUUUCAAUUUUCAAUCCUGCCUUUUAAUUUUUGUUCAUUCUUGCCUUUUAAUUGAAUGGGGAAGCAUUCUUUUGCUUCCUCAAACUGGUAUUCUAGCUUCUGAAUUACAUUGUAUGGUACAAUAUGAAUAAGGUUUUGUCUUGCGGUAUGUUGUCCAAGUUAUUUUUUUUACUUAAGGAAAAUGCUGGAUAUUUCUAUUGCUUCUUGUUA